UUUGUAGUGUGAAUAACGUCGGAAAGACCAACCUCAGUACGAAGAACUUUGUACGAUGGCAUCCUUUGCAUUGUUGGUGUGGCUGGUGCUUCAUUUUGGAUUUGGACAAAGCUCCCAUAAACAUCUUGAAGAAGAUCAUUAUAUUGGCCAACAGCACAACCCUGAGCAUGAUAUGAACGUCCUGUUGGGAGACGAGGACACUGAGGAGAUCAAGAAACUUAGCCCAGCAGAACAGAGGAAAAAGUUACUGGAAAUUGUAAAGAAAAUUGAUACAAAUGCUGACAGCUUGCUAAGUGCAGAGGAGGUCACCAUAUGGAUUCAGCACGUCUACAGAAAAUAUGCUUUGGAUGAUGCAAAGGAACGGUUUCCUGAGUUUGACACUGACAAAGACGGUGUUGUAACAUGGGAGGAAUACAACACGGUCGCUCAUGACCAGCUCAUUAGUUUUGAUGAUGUCUCUGUUCUGGAUGAUCCAGAGCAAGAGUCGCUCAGACAUCUUCAUCUGAAGGAGAGGAGGCGCUUUGACUUUGCUGACGUGGACGACACACCUGGGCUCGAUGUGACAGAGUUUCUUGCCUUCACCCACCCGUCUGAAGUGGAUCACAUGGCUGAUUUUGCCAUUGACGAUGUGCUGAGUGAAUAUGACAAUGAUAAAGAUGGAUUCAUCAGUCUGAGUGAAUUUAUUGGGGACGUUCGUGGUGAUGAUGAUACUCCUUCACAGUGGGAGGUUGAAGAAACAGUACGGUUUAAAGACCUGUAUGAUCAAGAUAAGGAUGGCAAGUUAAAUAGAGAGGAGCAGCUCCGCUGGGUUGCACCUAAUAGUUACGGUUCAGCAAGGGAAGAGGCUCUUCAUCUCAUCAAGGAAAUGGACCUCAAUGGUGACGGGCAGAUCUCAGAGGCCGAAGUUUUGAAAAAUCAAGAAACAUUCAUGAACAGCGAAGUGACAGACUAUGGGAGACAGCUGCAUGUGUCGCACGAUGAAUUAUAGCUAUGCCCCAUGUUGUUGUUUAUUGUAGAGUUUUCUCAUUUGUUUUUAUGAAGGUUGUAACAUAGUUUAUUUCCUGUGUUGCACUUUGACAGCAGUUGUGCGAUGUAUAGCACACAGUGGAAACUGUUAACCGUAUCUUUCUAUGAUCGAUUUGUAAUAGUAAAUGACAUGGACAAAAUAACAGAAAAAACACUUUGCAACCAAGCAUGAUACGUCAGGUCAAGCUGUACAUGCAAAAUACCAGAAGUUUCGCAAAAUAGUAUGUGAUGCAGGGUUAUUGUAUUAGAUUGCAUAAUAUUGUAAGGCAUUCAGUGUUAUUUUGUCCAUUACCUACAUGCAUAUAAUCCUGAAAAAUAGCGUUUUGUUUUUUUAUUUUUUAUUUUUUUGUUUUUUUUUUAGAGAAACUGGACUUUGUUGUGGUUUCAUUAACAUUGGAGAUAUGUUGAAUUAUGGUUUUGUAUUAUCACUACAUUAGUUUUCACGUGUGCUAAAAGUAAACCGACGUGGAUAUCAGUCCAAUUGUGGCAAGACAUGUUGCAGCUCUUCCUCAUUUAAAUCAACUGAGUGAGUGAGUGAGUGUUGCUGUUUGAAAAGGCUGGUUUCCUGAAUGUGUCAUGAUCUGUUUCACUUGUGUCGAGCGGCAGCCUGUUAAACUGUUGAGUGGAUUCUCCAACACAGACUAUUUUUAUCCACUGCCAAGAUGACAUUACAGUUUAAAGAUGCCUUUUGGGUGAGUGAGAGCAAUGCUGCUAACUUUUGCUUUUGUUUUUUUGCUUUGCUUUUGGUCACGUUUAUGUUCAGUGCUGAAACUGACAAUGCGUUUUUACUGAGCUGUGAAGUCAGCACUGUGUUCACUGGAGCUUUGAGGGUAUAGCUUUCAUGUAACUUUCUUCUUUUUGUCUUGUCUGGAUGGUAUCUUUUGUACCAUAUACUUUAAUUUACACUAUCAUUUACACUAUUUAGUUAUCUGUAGCUUAUCUUUACACUUCAUCUUGUCUUUGAACUUUUAAUCUUUGUUUUCUUUUCCGUUUCUCACUUUGAACUUGGAUGGGUACUGAACCGUGGCUUUGAUUAAAAUAUUAACUUAUUUUUUAGCACGCAGUGUUGCCAGUGAACUGUCACUGAUCAUUGUCAACAAUCAUUGAGUUGAGUUGUUAAAACCAAGUGUGUCACACAUACUAAGCAGCAAUCUCUCAGUACAACCAAAUUAAUACGUCUAUACAAAAACAUUAUAAUAACCAUGUGUUCUAUGUCUUUUUUGGGGUUUCCUGUUAAAGCUGAUUUCUUUCAUUUGAUUCCUUUUAUGGCCUUGAUAACUCUGUAUGACAGCGCAACACACUAGAACUCAAAGUGUCCACGUUACCAGUUAUUAGUGCAGUAUACUUACUUUUUACCAUCAGUAAAGUAUGUUUGACAGGAA